AUGGUACUAGAAUUUGAUCUUAUUACCAUAGUUGGCUUGGUCCUCCUCGCGGUGGUAGUAGCAUUAAUUGUGCGGUGGAAGAGAAAGCAGCACAGAGAUAUUAUUGAAGAAUUGGAGAUGGAGUACUGGCCUCACAGGUUUAAGUACAAAGACCUGCAUAUUGCAACAAAGGGUUUCAGAGACGAAGGGGUUUUGGGAUCCGGAGGCUUCGGUCGAGUCUACAGAGGAGUACUGUCCACAAACAGCCUCCAAGUAGCGGUGAAAUGUAUCCUUCGAGAAACAGACGAAGGGAUAAAGGAAUUCAUAGCAGAGAUCUCCAGUCUUUGUCGUCUUCAACAUCGAAAUCUUGUGCAGAUCAGAGGCUUCUGCAGGCGAGUAAAGCAGCUAUUCAUAGUUUAUGACUACAUACCAAAUGGGAGCCUGGACAAGAAGAUAUUUGGAAAGCCAAAAAAUGUAUUCGAAUGGGUUCACAGGUACAAAGUCCUGUAA